AAGGGCCUCACCUCCCUGCCACCACCUCCUAGGAUAGCCAGUCCAGGGCCAUGAAGACCAAGAACCGGCCCCCGCGGCGCCGGGCCCUGGUGCAGGACACAGAGGCCACCCCCGGGGAGGGGACGCCCGACGGGUCCCUGCCAAACCCAGGGCCAGAGCCGGCCAAGGGUCUGCGGAGCCGGCCGGCCCGGGCCGCAGCAGGGGCUCCGGGUGAGGGCAGGCGCAGGCGGCCAGGACCCUCGGGGCCCGGUGGCCGUCGUGACAGCAGCAUCCAGCGGCGGCUGGAGAGCAACGAGAGGGAGCGGCAGCGGAUGCACAAGCUAAAUAACGCCUUCCAGGCCCUGCGUGAAGUCAUCCCGCACGUGCGCGCAGACAAGAAGCUCUCCAAGAUCGAGACGCUCACGCUGGCCAAAAACUACAUCAAAUCAUUGACGGCCACCAUCCUGACCAUGUCCAGCAGCCGCCUCCCGGGCCUGGAGGGGCCGGGCCCCAAGCUCUACCAGCACUACCAGCAGCAGCAGCAGGUGGCCGGAGGCGCGUUGGGGGCCACGGAGGCCCAGCCCCAGGGCCACCUGCAGAGGUACUCCACGCAGAUCCAUAGCUUCCGAGAGGGCACCUAGCGCCCAGCCCUGGGUGGGGGUGGCGGUGGCUGCAGCUGCCUGGCCUGGUCCUCCCAGCCCCAGUCCCUCCAAGCCGCGAGCCCCAGAUGGGCGGUGACACCCCACAAGGACGCGGCCUCAGCGGUUCCAUUUUCCCCCGAACAUUCAGCCACUUCCCUGGAGCAAUUUUUCCUGCCCCGCUGGGGACCAGCGAGUGGCCUAGUUGCAGCUGUGGCCCUGGACAGCAGCGUGAGGCCCAAACCUCUGGGUAGGGCCCAGUCGGAUCCUGAUUUUUCAUUGAGCCAGGCAGUUUCAGCCGAAGUUGAAAGGGCUCCCUUAGCCUUGGAACUAA